CAUUACCGUCAAACAUUAGAGAAAUUGGCAUGGAUAUCCUCGUUAUAGCUGGUUCAGUCAUGGCAUUUGCCCUGCUUGUUUACAUUAUAAUGCCCACUCUUUCAAUGCCAAAGCCCAAUCUCCCUCCAGGAAGGUUUGGGUGGCCUCUAGUAGGAGAAAUGCCUCAGCUUCUAGCCUCCAUAUGGGCUAAAGGCUUCGAGAGCUUUCUAGAGGAUAGAAAUAAGAGAUUUGGAAAUAUCUUCAAGUUAUCUGUGUUUGGACGCUCUGUGGCCAUUUUGUACAGUGCUCAAGGCAAUCGAUUUCUUUUCAAUACAGAUCAUGUCCAAAACUAUUAUCCUCACUCUGUUAUGAACAUGUUUGGGAGUUCAUUACUUAGCAAGACGGGUGAUGAAGCCAGACAAGUUAGAAAGAUGCUCAUGACGUUCUUAAAGGCGCAAGCCAUGCAAAAAUUCGUAGGCACAGUGGAUUGUAUUGUGAGUGAAGAGGUGAAAAGUUACUGGAGUGGAAAGCAGCAAGUGGAGGCUUUUCAUCUCAUCAAGCAUGGUAUGUUUGCAGUGGCUUGCAGUUUGUUUGUAAGUAUGAGGGAUGAAGUGCAACAAAGAGAAUUGUAUAUCCUUUUCAAACGUGUAGUAGAAGGAAUUGUGCAGAUCCCUUUGGAUUUCCCUGGAACGCCAUACCACAGAGGAUUAGCCGCUAGAAAGCAAAUCCACAAAGUACUGCAGAAGGUCAUUGAUAAGAGGAGGGAGGAUCUGUUAAAUGGGUCCGCUUCAAUGGAGCAGGACCUCUUGUCCUUCCUUCUCUGUAAUGCUGAUGACCAUGGGCAGAUAAUGGCGGAUCAUGAAAUUAUAGAUAACAUGAUGGUGCUUUUGGUGGGCGGCCACGACACCAACGUUGUCACCCUAACUUUUCUACUUAGAAAUCUGGCUCUCCAUCCUCACUGCUACACCCAAGUGCUCCAAGAACAUUUGCAGAUCAUGAGAGAGAUGGAGGGGAGGCAGGAGCUGAAAUGGGAUGACGUACAUAAGAUGAAGUAUUCAUGGAGAGCGGCACAGGAGACGCUGAGAUUGCAACCUGCAGCUGCAGGCUCAUUACGGAUGUCCUCCGAAGACAUCUCUUACGAUGGAUUCCUCAUUCCCAAAGGUUGGAAGUUAGCUUGGGCAGCAUAUUCAACACAUAAGAAAGCAGAGUAUUUCCCUGAUCCAGAGAAAUUUGAUCCAGGGAGGUUCGAAGGAAGUGGGCCAGAACCGUAUACAUUUGUGCCGUUUGGAGGGGGCCGUCGAAUGUGCCCGGGCAAUGAAUAUGCACGGAUGAUAAUUCUGGUGUUUCUUCACAACAUAGUCAAAAAUUUUACUUGGGAAUUGAUGGACGCAAAUGAGAAUAUCUCUGCUAAUCCGCUUCCUAUUCCUGAGCAAGGAAUGCCUCUUCGACUGUUUCCACGCUCUCAGGACCCUAAUGUUUAAGCAAUGAUCCAUCGUGGUGGGGGUUUAAUCAUAUUAGCUAGAAAUAAGCCUACAAAGGUUGGCACUCAAGGAGCUUAGAUAUUAUAGCCAGAUGUUAUUAGACCCUAUCAUGUAUUAUAGCAAUCAAUAUUUGCAAGAGUGUUUUAUAAAAUGUAUUAUUUUGAAUAAAUUAAUAUUAAUAGAAAUAAUCUUUAAUG